UGUAAAGAAUGGUUACUGUUGCGUUGCCAAAAUUAUAUAUGAAUCGGAAAUACCGAGUAGUAGAAGUUCUUUGACUCGUCACCUUGGAGAUGCACGGUAUCAAACACUACCGUCCCGUCUCGUAGUGAAUCGAAUUGUUCUUCGUUUUUCCUUCAUUUGUGCUCAACGCAACGUGAAUGAUGUAUGAAGUGUUUCUUUGCCUGCCCCUACUACUUAGCUCCAAAAUAGGCAGGUCGUGAUUGAGGCCAAUGUAUCUCCAGUUGCGAGAUUGAUUCAAAAAGAGGGGGUGGAUACCGGGUUGUAGUUCUUUCGGAUGAAAUUUUUAGUGAUUUGGUUACAAAAUUAUUCGUUCUGCCUUACACCGCGUGACAGCGUCAACGCAUGGCGUACAAUAUUCAAUGCUGUAUCGGUGCUAUCGUUGAGAGGAAUUGUGAAGAUGUUGUUAUCGAAGUCGUCCGGUAACUGCAUGAGACAAUCGGGAAUACUAUGCCUUCUUGAAGCCCUGUUAUUGCGCAUGAAAUUGUUCGUUUUGCAAUCGGUAGAGCUUCUAUUGUUGAUAUUGCAAUUGUGAUGAUUCGCAGCGUUGUUGUCGAUAUCCAGCGCAGACAAUGCAUCGGACAAAUAUCUGGAAGGGUUUGAGUUCGGAGUUUUAUAUGUGUCGGAAUGUGAGUGAUUGCUUGCAAUAUCAUCAAACACAGCUUCGGUCGACGUGUGUGCGUUCGCACCCCCGAGGUCUCGCUUCACUGAAGACAAUCGAGAUGCCAAACAGGAAGUGAUGGUAGUGUUUUGUGCUGGUUGCGUGAUGGAAGGCAAUUGUGAUCGACCCUCGAAAUCGACGUCAGAGGGCUCGGAAGAGUUGUCAUCCUGUUCGCGUUCGACUUCCAUAUCGCUUUGCAUCGCAGCUAGUGCAGAAAGCAUCGAAGGGCAACGCCCCCCGCGUCUUUUGUAUCUCCUUCUCUUGUUCGAGACCACCGGAAAGGAUUGAAGCCGUUCAUCGUUGUAUUGUUCAACAGUACAGUCCACCAUCUUGUCAAUAGUAAUAAGUUGUUCGUUGUUUAGACUGGUGAAGUAUGAGUGCUAUAGAGCGAAAAAAGUGUGAAUAUAUUUCGCAAUGUCUUCGUCAAGUGAAUGUGGUGAAAACUGUCGUUUACGGAUGGCUGAAAUAUUUUUUGUGUUUCGAUUUCUUAACUUGUCCAAAAUAUCACUGCUUGGCGGGUCUAAAGGAACUUGUUGGCGCAAUCUUCUCAGCGAAAAAAAGAAACAGUCAGGAUGUUGUAAUUUUCAUUCAUUAAGGUACCGUACCGAAUGGUACCGGCAGUUGGUAGAGGAAGAAAACAAUCGCUCUUCGGAAAUGUGCUCUGAUGAUAAAAUCAUUCUAAAGGGUUCGCAGGAAGAACUUAGAAUUUCAGUGGAACAUUCCAUAGAUGCUUAGGUUCUGGGUGCUCAAAGCAUUUCAUAGAUGACUUAUAAUUCGAUGAUCCCAAAGGCGUACGUUCUUCUAGAGCCUUCAUCACGCAUUGAAUUGUUCACUUACAUAACAAUCAUGGGUUCGUCGGUACAAGGCAAUUAUAUUAUUUAAGUUCGGGGUGAAAUUUUAUAAACAUUAAUCAUCAGACCGGGAAAUUUAAGUGAUAAUCUGAAAAAAAAAACAGUCAGGAUGUUGUAAUUUUCAUUCAUUGAGGUACCGUACCGAAUGGUACGUACCGUACCGGUAGUUGGUAUAGGAAGAAAAUCGCUCUUCGGAAAUGUGCUUUGAUGAUAAAAACAUUCUAAAGGGUUCGCAGGAAGAGCUUAGAAUUUCAUUUAUUGCAAUAGGGAAAAGAAGGAUUCUCUUUCUUCUGUUUUCUUGCAAGCUCAUCAGACAUGCCCAUGGGCUAUGCAUUAUGAGCGCAGGCAACGAGUACGGUACUGUGGUAGCGUACGGUACCAUAUGGUAAGGCAAUGUAUGACUCAUCCAUUGGUCCCAAUCAGCUGACCCAAGCCUCCGUGAUAAGGGAAUUUUCAUUGUUGCGAACAGUCGAAGAUGAAUGAUGUCAGUAGAGAUUCAUUUCUUCAAUUAUCGUAUUUAAUGAUAAGAAAAACACAUUCUGUCAUCCCGCAAACAGUGCAAGGAUUAUAAUAAAUACCUUCUUGAAAUGGCAUGAACUAUCUGACUCACAAGAAUCCCACUUUUUGAUUGCCUUAAACACUACUAGAGAAUAGACCAUUAUAUGGUCCAAGUUACUUAACAAAAUCUGAUGAUUGCUCGACGAGAUCUCCUUUACUUUUUCUAAGCCCAAAGCUUCCUAGAAGCUCGAGCUUAUUCGAUUUAAUGAAUCGCUUGAUGUUUUCCACUUAAGUUUCUCAAGGCAAUAUCUAAGGGCAUCACCAAAACCAAUAUCUGUAAUACAAUCGAGAAAAUAAUGAAGUCGCGUGAAGACAUGAACCAUAAUCAGCCGUAAAACCGUACCAAUAGAGUAAGAGCUAAGAAACGAAACCUCAUAACAGGCCAUAACAAGCCAUACCGGACUCUUCGGAUAUCUCUGAUCAUACCGUACGAUUACGAUUCAUAUUUCAUUAUUUUCAAGAGAACUCGACAAGAGACAAAGAAAAUAUCAUGCCUCCACACUCUGCUGCCAUGAACAACGAUUGCUGGUCCUCUUCGGACAGGACCACAGCUUUGCAUGCGUUUACCCCGACAAACGACAGUUCUGUCGUUUUGCCAUCCAGAAUCAGCAGGAAUAUGCGCCCUACCCACAUCCCAGAGGCUCUUUUCUCUAUGGGACCGACAUCAGAUUCGACAAUGUCGUCUUCGCCCUCAAUAAUUCCACCGCGCACUCCGCAUCGGGAUCUAUUGGGCCUUGCUCUGGAUAUCGUGAUGGAUGGAAACAGUACCAGGGGCGCAAGCAGUACGCCAUCUACCAAACAUCAGUAUCGACCACGACUACUGCGGCGACAGAGACCUCUACCUCCCUCUGACUUCGUGACCAAUGACGUCCAAAGAGAUCCUGCCUCCGUAGAAUCGUUGCUGUCGCAAUCGCUCGCUCUGCUGCCAACAAGAAGCGGACGUACACAAACUAUUAAUGAGUACCAAAGUCUGGAAGAACAAGAAUGUAACGAAAAUAUUGGUGAUGGCGAUGGAUGUGGGUUCCCGAAGCCGCAACAUCGCUCUCAGUGAAUGGGUAUAGCCAGGUUGUGUUCUUUUCCUGAUCGAAAUAGAACGCAACGGCACGAAUGAACGGAAAAGAUAGUCUUCGAACAGUCCUCAACACAUUCGCCGUCGGGAGUUCAUUCCUCAUUCCAAUACAACUUCUUUUUGUUCCUAGUUCCGACACGAUACGGUUAUUUGCACACUUGCAUCCAUUCUAAUGGGUCAGAUUUUGAUACAAUUUUUAACGAUACACUUUAAUUACAACUCCCACCCAAAGACUAUGUCAAAGAAGAAAUACGCGAUGGCUUAGCUAUUCCAAUUUGUCUCUUUUCGAUAACCGCACCGCAUUGCGACAAGUGCCAAUAUCAUGGUGGAUAACUGUAAUCCAGUAAGUACGGUUUCACAAUAGAUCUCAUACAUGUCGAUCGUGAAGUCGUCGCAUUCCGACGUCUCCAUGGUGGAUUGGCUCAGAUUUCGAACAUCGUGAUCGAAGAAAAUCUUCCAACUGACAUCUGUACGGGACAGUACGAGUACCCGUAGUUUUUCCCGGAACCUUAAUUGUAUCUAAAUUAUAAAGAUAAAUGAAUAAU